AUGGCAUCCACCUUUAUUAAAGCAAUUGACAAGUCUUCUGUGCACCGUAUAUGCUCGGGACAAGUCGUGCUGGAUUUGUCGACUGCUGUUAAAGAACUUGUUGAAAAUAGUCUUGAUGCUCAGGCUACCUCCAUUGAAAUACGCUUCAGGGAAAACGGAUUGGAGUCGUUAGAAGUGAUUGAUAAUGGCCUUGGAAUAGACCCAGAAAACUACGAGACACUUGGCAAGCAUAUUUUUUUAUUGAUCGAUAUAUCAACAGAUCAAUCAAUUAACGGCAUCACCAAACUCGAAUCAUUUGGAUUUCGCGGCGAAGCACUCAGUUCACUCUGUGCUCUUUCGAAACUUGUAGUUGUCACGCGUACAAAACACCAAUUGUCAUCGGGGCGACGGCUAGAAUACGAUUCUGAUGGGCAUUUGGUCAAGCAGUCGUCUGCUGCGCGUGAGGUAGUACGCGUAUUUCAUACAGUCGAUUCAAAAACCUUUGGAACAACAGUCACGGUAAAAAACUUAUUUGAAAAUCUGCCCGUACGAUUUCGCGAAUUCAAAAAGAACGCGCGACGUGAACUCACGAAAGCCUUGAACUUGGUGCAAGCUUAUGCGAUUAUUUGCAGUGAUGUGCGAAUAACGUGUACCAAUCAAAUAGGAAAAAGUGAAAGAACCAAAAUAAUUGCUACACAUGGAAACAAGACCGUCCGUGAAAACAUUGCGAAUGUAUUCGGUGCGAAAAUGAUGUUGCAGAUAAUGCCUUUUGAUCUUUUUUUUCAAGUAGAACCAGCAAGAACAAGAACUUCGUUGUCAUCUCUAAAAAAUUCAGUCAUUGAAAAAGAGAGUGAAAAUACACGAAAAAUUCAUGUUACUGGGCACAUCUCAAAGCCAUCAAUUGGUAAUGGCCGUACGAGUGCUGAUCGACAAUACUUCUAUAUAAAUGACUCUUAUGAUGUGAAUGUUAGUCCUGAUAAAAGGACGAUAUUUUUGCACAAUGAAACGCAAAUUCUCGAGGCAUUAAAGAUAGAACUGAAUGUUCUGUUUCAGCCAUUCCAAUCCACAUUUGUAGUCUCGAAUUUAGAAGCCGGUGAACUUGCAAGCAAAGAAAUUCAGUAUUCUAUCGAUAAUUUGAAUUCUAAGAAUCAGUCAUUGAGUGAACCGAAUGAGGCAUUUUCCCCACUAGUUUGCCAAGACCAAGAAUUGGAAACUAAUGAUUCGAAAGUCUUUUCAUCACCCGAAAAAUCCACAUCAAUACUAAUUCAAGUUGACAAUAAUCAAGAUUGCAGUACGAAUAUAUUAUCCCCUACAAAGCUCAAUUCCUCGGAAAAGACAUCAGUUGUAUAUGGUAUCACCAAGAAUCAUUCUGAACAAUCUAGGAAAAAUUUUAAAGAAAGUUCUGGCGAUUCCUUAUUGAGAUCACCUUCUUCCAAGCGUAUAUUGAGAUCACCUCUCGAGCGUAUAAGUGAGCAAGGAGAAAAAUUACCAUUUAAUAAAACUGCUACAGAGGAAUCAUUAGAGAUACCUGUCCCGAAAGAAAGCACAGAACAUGAUAUAAACAAUGAAAAUUUAGAUUCCGCUAAACAAAACAUCGGCGAUGACGACUCUGCUAUUAUUUCUGAUACGGAAAUGGAGGAUUCCGAACCACCUCUUGAAAAAUCAUCGUCUCAUUUUGAGCCACUGCCUUUGGAAAAUACAUCAUAUCAAAAUGAAGAAUCAAUAAAAAAUAUUACCGAAAUAAAUUCCCUCCCCAAUGUCUCCGAUAAUAUUUCUUCAACAGAGUGUAAUGAACUAAUAGUAGACGCUGAUGAAAUAUUCACUGUUGAUUUCGAUAUCAACCGAUUCAAACGAAGAAAAGUAAAACGUUCUUCAAAGCAACGAUAUGAACAUCCUAAACCACGUUUAAAUGAAGCAGGAAUCUAUGUCCCCGAUAACGAAACUGCAGAACGUGAACUUAGCAGAGUAAUCUCCAAAAGUGAUUUCUUUCGUAUGCAAAUAAUAGGACAAUUCAAUUUAGGAUUUAUUAUCGCGAAAUUGGAUAAUGCUACGAGUGACGGUGGUGAUUUAUUCAUUAUUGAUCAACACGCGUCAGACGAGAAGUAUCAUUUUGAAACGUUGCAACUUCAUACAAAGAUUCAUUCUCAGAGACUAAUCAGUCCGAGGGCUUUACAACUUACAGCAAGCGAAGAAAUUGUGGCCAUCGAGAAUAUUGAGAUAUUGCGACAGAAUGGGUUCGAUAUUGAGGUGCGCGAAGAUGCUCCGGUGACACACAAACUGAAAGUUUUAUCGCAGCCGGUUAGCAAGAAUACCGUUUUUGGGAUAAAAGAUUUAGAAGAGCUGAUAUUUUUACUAUCUGAGAGACCGGGAGUGAUGGUGCGAUGCUCGCACGCGCGAGACAUGUUUGCCUCACGAGCUUGUCGUCAGGCUGUCAUGAUUGGUGACGCGUUGACUAAACGACAAAUGCAAAAGAUUGUGAAACAUAUGGGUGAAAUCGACCAACCUUGG